UGCAUUACGUCAGUUAUCCUACCAGCGACAAGAAAGCAGCCUCGUACAGGAGGAGUGUGCUUAGUUUUUUGAUUUGUUUUUCUUCCUGUGAACAAUUAAAGGGAUUUGUUUUUCUCCUGAGGUAUCCACAGUCGCGAGUCCUGCUGGGUGAACGACGUGGAGGAAUCAAACAUUGAAGCGGCGCAUCGCAGCUCUCAGUAUGAACAGCUUGUGAAGGAUUUCAAUAACGACGACACUCUGAGAAAGUAGAUGGAGCAACCAGAAGGUACUAAGAGCUGUAACUGUGCGGGAUGUGGAGGAGAAAUCCAAGACUCGUUUCAAAUGAAAGUCCUCCUGGACACCUGGCACAACGCCUGCUUUCAGUGUUCUGUGUGCCGUGAUCUCCUGACCAACUGGUACUAUGAGAAGGAGGGAAAGCUGUACUGUCGCAAACACUACUGGGAGAAGUUCGGAGAGCUCUGUCACGGCUGCUCUCUGCUCAUGACUGGACCCACUAUGGUGGCCGGAGAACACAAGUAUCACCCAGAGUGCUUUGUGUGUCUAAGCUGCAAGGUGGUGAUUGAGGACCGGGAUACCUACGCUUUAGUGGAGCGAUCCAAACUCUACUGUGGGAAGUGCUAUAAGCAGCAGGUUCUUACACCCAUGUUGGAGAAGCGCUCACACGAGUCUGUCCUCGACUCGCUGCCUCACACAGUGACCCUCAUCUCCAUGCCCUCUGCGGCCAAUGGCAAGAGGGGCUUCUCCGUCACGGUGUCCAGGGACGUCAGCGGCUCAGCGAGUGUGCAGGUCAAAGAAGUCAGAGGCAUGCUCAUCAGUCCAGAGGUCCGAAACGCCAUCCACGUCGGGGACAGGAUUCUGGAGAUUAAUGGCCUUCCUGUCGGGACACUGAUGCAGGAGGAGGUGGAUAACCUGAUUCACCGCACCAGUCACACGCUGCAGCUGCUCAUCGAGUACGACCCGGUCCGGCAGCGUUUGGACCGCCUCAGGCUGGGGUCGCCCAGUACCAACCUGGGGGUCCCGGCCACGUCCCGCAUGCGUCUGUCCUCCCCGGCUGGUGCCGUCCUGGAGAGAACCGACGUGGUGGAUGACGGCACUCUGAAGAGGAGGUCUUUGAGGCGCAGUACCAGCAUAUGCACGUCGCCCGGGCCGAACUCUCCCAAAGACAUGCCUUUUAUCUCCCGAGACAUCGGCCGCUCCGAGUCCCUGAGAUCCUCCAAUAGCUGCUCUCAUCGCAUCUUCCGCCCAUGUGACCUCAUCCACGGGGAGGUCUUAGGGAAAGGCUUCUUCGGACAGGCUAUUAAGGUGACUCUCAAAGCCACAGGAGAAGUGAUGGUGAUGAAGGAGCUGAUCCGUUGUGAUGAAGAGACCCAGAAGGAUUUCCUUAAGGAGGUCAAAGUGAUGCGAUGUCUGGAACAUCCCCACGUCUUGAAGUUUAUCGGUGUGCUCUAUAAGGACAAGAGGCUUAAUUUGAUAACGGAGUAUAUCGAGGGAGGCACGCUGAAAGACUUCAUCAGAGACACGGAUCCGUUUCCAUGGGAGCAAAGGGUGAGCUUUGCAAAGAGCAUCGCUUCUGGCAUGGCCUACCUUCACUCAAUGAGCAUCAUACACCGAGACCUCAAUUCUCACAACUGCCUGGUUAAACUGGACAACACCGUGGUCGUUGCAGACUUUGGACUGUCCCGACUCGUAGUCGAGGAAAAGGUUAAACCUCCACCCGAAAAACCAAACGGCAAGAAGAGGGUGUUCAGACGAAUCGACCGGAAGAAGCGCUACACUGUGGUGGGAAACCCUUACUGGAUGGCUCCAGAGAUGCUGAAUGGUAAACGCUAUGAUGAGAAGGUGGACAUUUUCUCUUUUGGAAUCAUGCUCUGUGAGAUCAUUGGAAAAGUCUAUGCAGACCCCGAGUGUCUCCCCAGGACUCUGGACUUCGGCCUGAAUGUCGGCAAGUUUGUGGAGAAGUUCGUCCCUGACGACUGUCCCACAGCCUUCUUCCCUCUGACAGUGGCCUGCUGUGACCUCACACCUGACAACCGACCACCUUUCCUGAAGCUGGAGGACUGGUUCGAGGCUCUGUCCCUCUACCAGGAGCUGGGGAUCCCCCUGCCGGCCGAACUGGAUGAACUGCAUCAGAGAAUGAGUCAACUUCACUGGCCUAAAGACGUCCUGCCGUCCCAGAGCACGGAUCAGUCGUCAACGGCGACAGCAGCCUCUCCAGACUCUCCCACGGCGACAGACAGCGGCACCUAGGACGACCCCCUCUCUCCUUUAACCCCUCCGAAUGGCUGCACUAAUACAGUAGAUGGGGGAAAAAGAGGGACAUUGAAUUAAAGCCACCCCAUUUUAGAACUGGAAAACCUGAGGUAGAUGGCCUCUCGUGGGACCUUCACUCUGAAAAUAGCAGUGAAUUUGUAAGUGGGUGGAAAGACACAUUUCAAAAAGACAAGUGUUAGUUACUAAAACAAAUGUUUACCGUACUAAGAAACCCGAUCAACACAUCGCACUAAUGUUUACUAGAUGAUAUUCAACUUGCUUUGAUCUUUUAGCAGACAAAAGCCAACCCUCUUUAUAAGGUGGAGGACCUUGUUGAGUCAUAUGUGACAGCAGUUUUGUUUUUCAUGCUCUGAGGUCGUUUGCUAUGUGAGGAAUGCACAGAUCAGUGCUUCUCUCACUUCAGCCGCAAAGAAAACAAAGAUGCUCCGCAGUAUGGCCGACAGACAAGGACGUGUACACAAGGCAGGAGAAAAGUGUAUCCGACAUCUGCAGUGGAAGCAAAACACUGCCUGACCUUAAAUACUUUCAUCACUCUAACAUUUGGCAGAAGAUGUGGACAUUUGAUUUGGUCUAAGCACCACUGACCUAAUGACGGGAUGGUUACAAGUAUGCUUCUGUACUUUGUAGUCUUGACAAGUUUAAUUAUGAAUGGAUCAUUCAAAAUGAUUUUUAAAGACAUUUUGUCCAAAUAUUCCAUCAUACACCUGAGGCCUAUUAAAAACAGUGAGGAAGCUUUUUUGGCUGACAUUAACAACCGUCAUAAUCGACAUAAUCGAGCAACAGUUGACCAUAAAAAGUCGCUUUGUACAGAAGAACUGGAUUUUUUUUAUUUCUUAAGCAAUGUAUAUAAAUGUGUAAAUAGUAUUGCUCUAAUUGAAUGUCAUUUUCUAAUGGGAACUCUAGAGUUGUAGAUUUUUUUUUUUAGACAUUUCGUCAACAAUGGACGUUUUUGCCUUUUUGCUAUCAUCGUGCAAGGCACUGGCGAUCAGUUGUAACCACUAUUAUUUAUAUCACUGUAGUGUUUCAUAAAUAAACCUUCUUAAAGUUG